CUACUUCUGCUUUGCCAGUGACUAUGCGAACAUCCCAGAUUUUAAAUCAAGAUAGAAAAGAAGAGCCCACCCACCACCUCCAAGAGCAGCGCGUCCCCCGACAUCCCCAUGGCAUCCUGCCCUGUCCUGCAGAAGGAGAGAGUGUUCCAGUCAGGAGCCCAUGCCUACAGAAUCCCCGCUCUGCUCUACCUGCCUCAGGAGAAGACACUGCUGGCCUUUGCAGAAAAGCGGAUGAGCAAGAAGGACGAGCACGCAGAGCUGAUUGUCCUGCGCAGAGGAAGCUAUGAUGCGUCCACCCACCACGUCCAGUGGCACGCUCAGGAGGCGGUGGCCCAAGCCCAGCUGGAGGGCCACCGGUCCAUGAACCCGAGCCCCUUGUACGAUGAGAAGACGGGAACCCUCUUCCUCUUCUUCAUUGCCAUCCCUGGGCAGGUCUCCGAGCACCACCAGCUCCACACCAGGGUCAACGUGACGCGGCUGUGCCAGGUCACCAGCACGGACCAUGGGAGGUCCUGGAGCCCUGCCAGAGACCUCACCGGCCUGGCCAUCGGCACGGCCCACAAGGAAUGGGCCACUUUUGCAGUGGGUCCGGGGCACUGUCUGCAGCUUCACAACAAGACCCAGAGUCUGGUGGUGCCCGCCUAUGCUUACCGGAACCUUCACUCCCUCGGGGGGCCUUCCCCAUUUGCCUUCUGCUUCGUCAGCCACGACCAUGGGCACACAUGGAAGAGAGGAAACUUUGUGGCCCAGGACACCCUGGAGUGCCAAGUGGCUGAGGUAGGGGGUGCGGAGCAGAGGGUGGUGUAUCUGAACGCCAGAAGCCCCCUUGGAGCCAGGCUCCAGGCCGAGAGCACCAACGAGGGGCUUGACUUCAAGGAGGCCCGACCAGUGAAGAAGCUGGUGGAGCCUCCCCACGGCUGCCAUGGGAGCGUCAUCAGUUUUCCCAACCCCCAUGCGGGCUCAGGAGCCUCAGACAAAUGGUUGCUCUACACCCACCCGACUGACCCGCAGCAGAGAGCCAACCUGGGAGUGUACCUCCACAGGCGGCCCCCGGGCCCCGAGGCCUGGUCGGAGCCUGCUCUGCUGGCCAUGGGGAGCUGUGCUUACUCAGACCUCCAGAGCAUGGGUGCCGGCCCAGAUGGGUCACCCCAGUUUGGGUGUCUGUAUGAAUCGGAUAAUUACGAAGAGAUGGUCUUCCUCAUGUUCACCCUGAAACAAGCUUUCCCAGCUGAAUUUUUGUCUCAGUGA